GCAAGUUUACUGGAAAUCGCUGAUGAAGGCUUAAGGAUUUUGUCAAUGGUUCUUAAGAGCAUAACCAUUAUCAUAAAGAGUCAGCUUGCAUUCAUGGAUUAUUUAUAUUACAACCAUCCAUAAUUAUUUAAAGACUAAUUAUAAAAAAAUAUAUAAAUAAAGGGAAAUAAAGGUCUAGCACGCAACUCAAGAGUCUGAAUAUUUCAAAUUGAAUUUGAGGUACGAAAAUAACAGUUUCUAUCAUUUUCUCAUGAAUGCUGCUAAGCAGAUCGGAGUUGAGUUUGAGUUUGUGUUUAGGUUUCGAAUUGUUAAAGAUGAUCAGAUUUAAGUUUCUGUGAGUAAGAAAAUCAGGCAAUUAAUUAUUUUGUUUUACACUUCAACUGAGAAAGGUAUGAAGUGGAUCUAUGGACAGAAAUAACUAGGUUUUUGGAUGGGAAGCCUCUGGCGAAGCUUGCGGCGACUUGCCGAUGGUUUCACACUGUUAUCAUGCAUGGCAGUGUAUAUAUGGAAGUUUUCUUGCUUGCGUGAUCUUCAAGUCCCAGCCCCAUGUCAUGUAGCACUCUUGUCCGAGAGGCUCAGCUUGCCACUGAAGAUAAUUAACAAAGAUGAUGUAGAGAAGGCCCUUGAAUCCUGUGGAGCUUGUGUGCUAGGUAACAUCAGAAAAGGAAUCUGGACAGCGGGUAACUCUAAUUUGGUUUUUUCACUCUAGAAAUUUUAGUUCUGAACACAUUUUUGUCAGCAAAUCUAACAAAUUCUCGAUCACAAGCCAAAAAAAUUGCCAUUGUCUUCAGAUCUGCAGCUUAUUUCGAUGCCCUGCUUGUGAACUCGAUACAUGUGAGGGCGAGCUCAAACUACUCUACUGGCUAACUAUAGGAGCUCCGUGCAGGAGCAAUGCAGACAUUAGAAGCAAGGCAUAUAAAGCUGUUUCUGUGUGAGGGAUUCCGGAAUGGGAGCUGGAACUAUGAGCUGAUUGGAUCCUAUACAAUCAACAAGUCUGUAGGUGCAGCUUCUGGUGGCAUUUUUGAUCUCAAACUCAUCAAGGACCGCGCAAUGGCUGGCGUGUUUAGUUUCAAGUCACGGGCAGGACAAACCAGUGACUUGCAGCCAAAGGCUAUCAACACUUUCCAUUCAGUUGCAAUCCGCACCAAUUUACAAGAAAAUCAAGAUUUUCAAGCAAACUGAACUGCUAACUUCUUGCUAUUUCCUUCUGCCUACCAAUCUCUUAUUUCCUGGGGAAGCAGGGCUUCUUACAAAGUACUACACGAUGAGAGCAGGAUCAGAUGAAGAAGUAGUUUCCAUUAGAAUCUCUCAGCAGCUUGUGUAGUCCUGCCCCAACACGCAAAUCUUCUAGGCCAAGUUCUGCGUUCUUCUCCCACAGAAAUUGCAAAGCGUUUUCAAUACUGUUAUUCAAAUUCAAAGUCGACCAAGAGAAACCAAAUUAGGGCAGGUAAUGGCUCGUUAGAUUUUCAUUUACACCUGGUUGCUGAUUCAGCGGGACAACCAACUAGAUAAAUGUCCUUUUGGCUUCCUUAUAUCUUGAUAGUUAAUAUCUUGUUAUACUGUGAAGUUCCGCCAUGACCAAAAGUUAAUAAAAGUUAAAAAUAUAUACAUAUAUUUGGGUGAAACGAUCAGGGCUACUAGCUAGAUUCAAUUAUAAUUUAUACAAAUAUAUUUCAAGUCUAUACGUAAAACUCUCACUGUCAUUUUCUG